AUGAGGGGUUACCAUGGCGACCGAGGCAGCCAUCCCCGCCCAGCCCGCUCUGCUGACCAGCAGCCUGUGGACGUGGGCCCAGUUGCUAGGGCCCCGUACCUGCUGGGCUCCCGGGAGACCUUCUCCACUGAGCACCGCUUUUGUGCCCCAAGAGCUGGCCUGGGACACCUCUCUCCCGAAGGGCCCCUGAGCCUGAGUGAGGGGCCGUUGGUAGGCCCUGAGGGAGGGCUAGGGGGGGCUGGGGUUGGGGGGGGUAGCAGCACCUUCCCCAGGAUGUACCCUGGCCAGGGCCCCUUCGACACCUGUGAAGACUGUGUGGGCCACCCACAGGGCAAGGGUGCCCCCCGCCUGCCUCCUACACUCCUGGAUCAGUUCGAAAAGCAGUUACCAGUUCAACAAGAUGGCUUCCAUACGCUGCCAUACCAGCGAGGUCCAGCAGGGCCCGGGCCUGGGCCUGGCACUGCCCCAGAGCCCCGCAGCGAGAGCCCUAGCCGCAUCCGGCACCUGGUUCACUCUGUGCAGAAGCUCUUUGCCAAGUCCCACUCUCUGGAGGCGCCGGGGAAGCGGGACUAUAAUGGGCCCAAGGCUGAGGGAAGAGGUGGCUCUGGGGGAGACAGCUACCCUGGCCCAGGCUCUGGAGGCCCCCACACCUCCCACCACCACCAUCACCACCACCAUCACCACCACCACCAGUCCCGGCAUGGCAAGAGGAGCAAGAGCAAGGACCGCAAGGGGGACGGGCGGCACCAGGCCAAGGCCACGGGCUGGUGGAGCUCUGAUGACAACUUGGACAGCGAUAGUGGCUUCCUGGCGGGUGGGCGGCCCCCUGGGGAGCCUGGUGGUCCCUUCUGCCUGGAGGCUCCAGAUGGGUCCUACCGGGACUUGAGCUUCAAGGGGCGCUCAGGCGGGUCAGAAGGCCGCUGCCUUGCCUGCACUGGCAUGUCCAUGUCACUGGAUGGACAAUCGGUCAAGCGAAGUGCCUGGCAUACCAUGAUGGUCAGCCAGGGCCGGGAUGGAUACCCAGGGGCCGGGCCAGGCAAGGGGCUCCUGGGUCCAGAGACCAAGGCCAAAGCCAGGACUUAUCACUAUCUGCAGGUGCCGCAAGAUGACUGGGGGGGUUACCCCACUGGUGGCAAGGAUGGGGAGAUACCCUGCCGCAGGAUGCGGAGUGGCAGUUACAUCAAAGCCAUGGGGGAUGAGGAGAGUGGAGACUCAGACGGCAGCCCCAAGACAUCUCCCAAAGCAGUCGCCCGGCGCUUCGCCUCCCGCCGCUCCUCCAGCGUGGACCAGGCCCGGAUCAACUGCUGUGUCCCACCCCGGAUCCAUCCCCGGAGCUCCAUCCCUGGCUACACCCGUUCCCUCACCACUGGACAGCUCAGCGAGGAGUUGAACCAGCAGCUGGAGGCCGUGUGCGGGUCCGUGUUUGGGGAGCUCGAGUCCCAGGCCGUGGACGCCCUGGACCUGCCCGGCUGUUUCCGCAUGCGGAGCCACAGCUACCUCCGGGCCAUCCAGGCCGGCUGCUCUCAAGACGACGACUGCCUGCCCCUCCUUGCUGCCCCUGCCUCUGUCUCAGGGAGGCCCGGCUCCUCCUUCAACUUCAGAAAGGCCCCGCCCCCCCUCCCGCCGGGAAGCCAGGCCCCGCCCCGCAUCUCCAUCACCGCCCAGAGCAGCACCGACUCCGCCCACGAGAGCUUCACCGCGCCCGAGGGCCCCGCCCGGCGCUGCAGCUCCGCCGACGGGCUGGACGGCCCCGCCGUGGGCGCGCGCACCCUGGAGCUGGCGCCGGUGCCGCCGCGGGCCAGCACCAAGCCCCCCACACUCAUCAUCAAGACCAUCCCAGGCAGGGAGGAGCUGCGGAGCCUGGCGCGGCAGCGGAAGUGGCGGCCGUCCAUUGGGGUGCAGGUGGAGACUAUCUCAGACUCAGACACUGAGAACAGGAGCCGAAGAGAGUUCCACUCCAUUGGCGUACAGGUGGAAGAGGACAAGAGGCGGGCGAGGUUCAAGCGCUCCAACAGCGUGACGGCCGGCGUGCAGGCAGACCUGGAGCUGGAGGGCCUGGCCGGCCUGGCCACGGUGGCCACAGAAGACAAGGCCCUGCAGUUCGGACGCUCCUUCCAGAGGCACGCCUCUGAGCCCCAGCCCGGGCCCCGGGCCCCCACCUACUCAGUCUUCCGCACGGUCCACACACAGGGCCAGUGGGCCUACCGCGAGGGCUACCCACUGCCGUACGAGCCGCCGGCCACCGAUGGGUCGCCCGGCCCCGCCCCCGCCCCCACCCCAGGCCCUGGGGCUGGCCGCCGGGACUCCUGGAUGGAGCGCGGUUCAAGGAGCCUCCCCGACUCAGGCCGCACAUCCCCCUGCCCACGGGACGGCGAGUGGUUCAUCAAGAUGCUGCGGGCGGAGGUGGAGAAGCUGGAGCACUGGUGCCAGCAGAUGGAGCGCGAGGCGGAGGACUACGAGCUGCCCGAGGAGAUCCUGGAGAAGAUCCGCAGUGCUGUGGGCAGCACACAACUUCUGCUGUCCCAGAAGGUUCAGCAGUUCUUCCGGCUGUGUCAGCAAAGCAUGGACCCCACUGCGUUCCCUGUGCCCACCUUCCAGGACCUGGCGGGUUUCUGGGACCUCCUGCAGCUCUCCAUCGAGGAUGUGACCCUCAAGUUCUUGGAGCUACAGCAACUCAAGGCCAACAGCUGGAAACUCCUAGAGCCUAAGGAGGAGAAGAAGGUCCCUCCGCCGAUACCAAAGAAGCCCUCGCGGGGCCGGGGCGUGCCGGUGAAGGAGCGCUCCCUGGACUCCGUGGACCGGCAGCGGCAGGAAGCGCGCAAGCGGCUCCUGGCGGCCAAGCGCGCCGCCUCCUUCCGCCACAGCUCGGCCACCGAGAGCGCCGACAGCAUCGAGAUCUACAUCCCCGAGGCCCAGACCAGGCUGUGA